CUUCUUCCUCAACACCCCUCUUCUUCCUCAACAUUAACGGAAGCAGAAGCAGAUGCACAAACGCAGAAAAAAAAAAACAACCAACAAUGGAUAACAACAACAACAAUGACAAAUUGAAAAUCAGAAGAACCCACCACCACCACCAGUAUCAUCAUAGUCAUCAUCAUCAUCAUCAGCAGCAGAAAAAUCAAGCAACAUGCACUUUAAACAAUAAUCAACAACCAGAAAUUUCACAAAAAAUUCAGUUCAGAAGAAGAAGAAGAAAUGGUGGUGCUGCUGGUGCAGGGCGGCAGGGAGGCAGGGCGGCGUGGCGGCGAGAAAGAAGAAGAAGAAGAGGAAGAAGAAGAAGAAGAAAUUGUGGUGGUGCGGUGGUGCAGGGCGGCGAGGCGGCGGGGCGGCGGGGAAGAAGAAGAAGAAGAAGAAAUGGAAAUGGUGGUGGUGCGGUGGUGCAGGGCGGCAGGGCGGCGGGGCGGCGAAGAAGAAGAAAAAAUGGUGGUGGUGCGGUGGUGCAGGGCGACAGAGCGGCGGGGCGGCGAGUCCUGGCACAACUUACUAUCCAGGCCAUCCCGUCGCCCACUUCCAGCAUGUCUUGGGCAUCAUCCAAAUUUGGGCAUCGAUGCCAAAUGGCGAGUCAUUCAUACAACACAGAAUUAAUUGACGUGAUUGACAUUCCUAUUCCUUAA